CCACGACUGUUCGAGCCUGGAGGAACAGCCGCGUGUGCAAUCAUGACUACUCUUCUGCGCUUUGCGCCGUCCCCAACCGGCGCACUACAUCUUGGUGGUCUGCGGACGGCCCUUUACAACUACCUCUACGCGCGCAAGACCGGUGGAAAGUGGAUAUUGAGAAUAGAGGACACCGACAGGGCUCGCACUGUGCCAGGCGCCGUAGAAGGCAUUCAAAGUGCACUCGAGUGGGCGGGACUGGAGUACGACCAUGGUCCCGGGAAACCUGGCCCCCAUGGACCUUACUUCCAGUCGGAACGGCUAGACCUGUACCAUUCGUACGCAGAAAAGCUGCUUGAUUCGGGACACGCCUACCGUUGUUUCUGCGCCCCGGACAAGUUGGCCGCCACCCGCGAGAAGCUCGCCCGCACCGGGUCCAACUCUACUUAUGACAAGUCCUGUUUGCAUCUUACCGAGGAGGAGGCUGCACGCAAAGUACGCGCAGGCGAGAAGUUCAUCAUCCGACUGAACGAUGGAAAGCCACCCGACCGGCCGACAGGAUAUGACUUGGUGUUCAAGAAUCUGAAGGACGCCCACCAGUCCCUGCCUACGGAUCCUGUCCUUCUCAAGUCCGACUCGUUUCCAACAUAUCACUUAGCGUCGGUGGUAGACGACUACGAGAUGGGCAUCACUCACGUCGUACGCGGAGAGGAGUGGCUUCCUUCAUUGCCUCUGCAUCUUGAUCUAUACGCUUGCUUAAACCUCCCGAUGCCGCAAUUCGCUCACUUGCCCAUCCUCCUUAACGCCGACGGAACCAAGAUGUCAAAACGGAAAGGCGAUGUACAUGUCCUGGACUACAAGAAACGCGGAUGGGAACCCAGCUCGAUUCUCAAUUGGCUCGCUCUUGCCGGCUGGGGCGUACAGGACGCGUCAGCAUCGGCGUCCCACAAGCAGGCCCCGGACAGCACUACACUUAUGUCGAUGGAGGAAAUGAUACGGAACUUCGACUUCUCCGUCCUGACGCACCGGCGGUCUGUGCUGGACCCAGUGAAGCUGGAAUACCUCAACAAGCACCACUUGAUGCGCCUCAUGACCACGUCCGACGGUCUCCGCACACUCGCCGAGCGCACCCAGCCUUACGUUAAGAAAACCUAUCCAGAUAGUCCGCAUCAUGACCUAGCAUACCUUGGGAAGGUCAUAUUUUCGCUGCAGGGUCGCACAACCAAGCUCAGCGAUAUCCCCGCGCUCGGCCCAUUCUUUUUCGUUGAGCCCGACUACACGUCGGCAGAGGCGCAGAAGAUGCGCCAGUUGCUCCCGAACGACAACUACGCUAUGGUGGUGGAGAGUUUGGUAGGACGUCUGCGUGGCUUGGAGACCGCCUGGGAGACCGCUGCGCUGUCCGAGGUGCUGCAUGAUGAGAACGCGAAGACGUCUUUGAAACAGAAGGAGUAUAUGACUAUCCUUCGGCACGCUCUGACGGGCAUGAAGACCGGCCCUAGCGUCGCUGACGUUCUGUACGUCCUCGGGCCUGAACGCAGUCUUGCCAGGUUGCAGGCGUCGAAGCCGUGAUCUGUGCACAUCAUGGCACGAGACGAAGGGAGAUUCAAU